AUGAUGAAAUCAAGUGCCGAGACUUCGAUGGCAAUGUACGGUGAUAUGCAACAGUCAGUGCAAUAUGCUGUCCAUGCAUGGAGGCCAGCCAUCCCUAAUAACCGAACAUCACAUCGUUUGGACGAAUGUGUCACGUGCAGGACACAGACCAAAAGAAGGUAUGCUCUGAUUGGUCAGAACGCCAGCCAAUCCAGAUCGAGCACCUUUAACUCGACGCAUCCCGCCCCCUCACAGU